UAUUUCAUGUUAGCAACAAUUAAUUUCACAAAUUCGUGUAUGUUUUGUUACUCCAGAUGCCUAACAAUAGCAAAAAUAAAGCGAUUUCGAAAAAGCUGCCGCUCAGCGACUUAAAGUUCACAGUAGCUGACGAGGACGGCGUCCGGCGCGAAGUGCCGGCACUUGAUCCAUAUUGGGUGAAACGCAACAAGCCGUUUGGCUCAUAUAGUUGCUUGCUUUGCAGCUUCGGACGCAUUAAGAGCGGUGCUGCAUUGGAGGAGUGGGAACACAUUGCCAAAAGCUGUUUGCUGGAUUUGACUUUUCUGCUGCGCUUGAAGCAACAUGAAUUCUGGUCAUAUAUGGUGUAUGAGGAAUCUGCCGCGACCAUUGUGUCGAGCUUCUUGCAGCGCGCCAAUCCUUACUACACCAUUUACAAGGACAGCAGUGAUGACCGAGAAAGCAGCGCCAAGCUGCUUUAUACUAAGCUAUUAAGCAAUGUAGUGCGCAUAAUUAUGCGCUUGCUUACAGCACAGGAAUCGAAAAGGGAGUGGAUAGCGCCGGAAGAGCAUAGCAAGCUGCUCUAUGAAAACUAUUUGAUUUCUGUGCCGAUACUCUGUGAUUUAGCAAUUGCUUUGGGAGAUGCUGAUGCGGAAAACAAAAUGAUGUUGCAAGCGAUCUUCGAUGCGGUGUUGCGCAUACAGCCUGAAUAUAUGAAAGAUCUAAAAAACGGCUUGGCAUUCUAUGAGAAUGCCUUUCUCAGCAUGCAGAUACAAGUGGAUAACGAGGGCUGCGAGGGUGCUGGCGGUGGCGCACUGUUCGAUCCCGAAGCCGAUACGCCCUAUGAUGAUGUAGUGCUCUUUGCCUUGGACUGCGCCUACACGCUGCACAUGUUGUUCCAGCUGUACCCCCAACUAAUUACAGGCUGCACGCAAUUACCACUGGUGCGAAACAUUGUCAACUUUUAUGAUCUAACUUUGCCCAUGCUGCAUCGAAACAUUUUCCAACUGAAACCUGAGGCCAGCUCCUUGCGCUGGCUUAACGAGGCACGUCAGCAGUUUCUCAACGUGGUGCGUUCUGUGACCAAUGCGCAGGUGGAAGCUGGACGUGGACAGCAGCUAGUGGAGCUAUUGCAGGAGUGCCUCUCUGCACAGAGGUUUGUGGUCGACUAUCAACGGCAGUAUCCCGUAGAGCACGAUAUAGCAAUGCUGCUAGACCAGUGUCCCAAUAUCAAGCAAUACAAAUUCGAAUUUGUGAUAGCGGGUUAUCAAAAGGUGCUCAACGCAUCCACCAACCGCCUCAUUUGCGAGAGUUUCGAGGCAAAUAAUUCGCAUUCCAAUGUAGAGGUAGCCGAGCAGCUUCUGCAGCCUAACGUAUCAGUAUCAACAUUGCCUCCAGCUUCAGAAGCUACUAAUGCACGUGAUAUUGAUUUGGAUGUAAGCAGCGUGUUGGAUGUGCUGCCGGAUCUAGGCACUGGCUUCGUCCGGCGUCUGCUUGCACGCUAUGAGAACAGCGAGCAAGCCAUUGCAGCCCUAUUGGAUGAUAACCUACCGCCCGAUUUGGUGGGCAUAGAUCGACAGGAAGUAUAUCUACCCGCUGAUUUGCAGGAUAAGCAACAGCUGCAGACUGGCAUACGUCACUACAAUGUGCAUGACGGUGACAAGUUCGAUGUACUCACCCAUGAUAAGCCGCAGUGCGUCAUUAAGCAGGGCAAGGGAUUGCCUGGUGCAGCACGUAAUGCCGAGCAGCUGCUAGAUGACAAGCGCCACAUCGGUCAACUUAAGGACCGCUACCAGCAGUAUGCCUUGGUCGAGGAGACACCGAAUGAUGACGCCGAGUACGAUGAUGAGUAUGAUGACAGCUACGAGUCGUUGAAUGAUGGCCAGGCACCACCGCGUGGCUUGUUGCGUGGCAAGCUGCAGCAGCAGGCGGCAACAAGGAAUAGCCAUUUUGAGGCGCAGGAUGUGAUUGAUGAGGAAGAGAGCAGCGAAGAGGAGUCCUCAGACCAGCAGCAGCCUAUUAAAAAUCGAACGGACUUCUGUGAGAAUCCAGAGCUGAUACGGGAGCGCUAUCAGCAACGGCAGCAGGCCAAGUACGGAGCGCCACGGGUUCAGGGUGAUGUGGUUGGUGCGCCCAAAGGUCAGGGCCAAAACAAGCAAACCACUCGCAGUCGCAACCAAAAGGAAGCGAACAAAUCUUCACGGGCCAACCACAAUCGCAAAGCUGGCGCCGCAUUCAAGCGCAGCAAAGGCAUGAUGUCUUAACAAUUUUUAGCAAAAUUUAUGUGAAUAUGUAAAAAUAUAAUCUUGUUCAGAGAGUAUAUAAUAA